AUGUCUGACGACGCUACUGCCUCUCAAAUCCUCAACCAAGUCGAGUUCUACUUUUCCGACUCGAAUCUCUUGAACGACAGGUUUCUCUUCACCACCCAAAAUGCCAACGAUGGCUGGGUUCCUAUUCAAACAAUCUCUCAAUUUGAAAGAAUGAAGAAAUACAGACCUAUUGAAACCAUCGUUGAGGCUCUCAGAAAAUCUCAAGAGCUCUUGGAAGUAUCUGAAAAUGGUGAAAUGGUGAGAAGAAAGAUCCCAUUACCAAAGAACUACAACGAGAUCCAGUUAAACAUCAACAAGAGAUCUGUGUUUGUUGAGAAGUUACCAACAGAUGCAACUCUUGAUCAGCUUCUUGAAUUCUUUAGAACCAUUGCUCCAGUCAACCAGGUUAGAAUGAAGAAGGGCAAGGAUAAGAAGUUCAACGGUUCUUGUAUUGUUGAAUUCAGAAACGCCGAAGACGCUGAAAAACUAGUGGCAGAACAAGCCGAAUCAAAGACAAAAUAUGGUGAGACAGAGUUGGAAAUUAUCUCCAAGUCUGCCUUCGACGAAAGCAAGGCCCAAAAAUUUGGCGAGAGAAGAGGUAACAAGGGUAAGAACAACAGAAAGGGUAGAUCUACCGAGAAGGAGUCCAAGGAUGAAACCAAGGAUGAAACCAAGGAGGAGUCAAAGGAGGAGUCCAAGAAGAGAGAUGCUUCUCCUGUAAGAGCCGAAGAACCUGUCAGAGAAAGAGCUGACUAA